GGUUUUCCUGCUCCAAAUUUAGUGGAAUUCAUAGCCUCUUUUGUAACUUCUGCGUUAGAAUGGGAAUAGAGAAAAUCCUAAAUCUAGCCAUUAAACUUUCAUGAUUUUGGCAGUCAAGUCUCUAAAGAUUUUCUUAGGUCAUUUAAAAGGAGAAAUUGCAGGUAAGAUUUAUACUAAUUACUCCUUAUGUUAUUCAUUUUCUGGGGUCAUGGGGUCAUGGGAUCAUGGAUGCAUCCUAUUUGACCAUAUAUACUGUUCUCUGCAGGCUUAAUCUUAAGUUCCCUUUUUCUGAUGCUAGUUCUGGGUUCAGCCUAUCAUCUUUAUAGAACUCGCAAGAUAGAAAGAGAACAUCAAGUGAAGAUAGAAAAAUUUCUAGAGGAUUACAGAGCCCUUGAGCCCUUAAGCCUACUCGAUAUUCAUAUAUUGAUAUACAGAGAGUUACAGAGAAUUUCAAAGAUAAAUUGGGGCAGGGAGCCUACGGAACCGUGUACAAGGGAAAGCUUUCAGAUGAAGUGUUUGUUGCUGUGAAGAUCUUGAACAAUUCAGUGGGAAAUGGAGAAGAAUUCAUCAAUGAAGUGGGAACAAUGGGGAAAAUCCACCAUGUUAAUGUUGUUCGAUUGGUUGGUUUCUGCGCAGAUGGGUUUAGAAGAGCACUAGUUUACGAGUUCUUACCAAAUGAUUCUCUGGAGAAGUUCAUAUCUUCGGCUGACAUGGAAAGCAGUUUUCUUGGCUGGGAGAAGCUGCAAGAAAUUGCUCUUGGAACAGCCAGAGGAAUUGAGUAUCUUCACCAAGGCUGCAAUCAACGGAUCCUUCAUUUCGAUAUUAAACCACACAACGUCUUGCUAGACCAUAACUUCAAUCCAAAGAUUGCAGAUUUUGGACUUGCAAAGCUCUGUUCCAAGGAUCAAAGUAAGGUGUCCAUGACAACAGCUCGGGGGACAAUUGGAUAUAUUGCACCUGAAAUAUUCUCUAGGAACUUUGGUAACGUAUCCUGCAAGUCAGAUGUCUAUAGCUUCGGAAUGUUGUUGCUGGAAAUGGUUGGGGGAAGGAAGAAUGUUGAUGUUAAAUCAGAGACUGAUGUCCAAAUUUAUUUUCCGGAGUGGAUAUAUAAUCUCUUAGAACAUGGAGAAGACUUAAGGAUCCAUAUUGAGGAGGAAAAAGAUGUCAGGAUUGCAAAGAAACUGGCAGUUGUGGGACUUUGGUGCAUCCAGUGGCACCCAGUGGAUCGUCCUUCAAUGAAAGCUGUUGUUCAAAUGUUGGAGGGAAAUGGAGAGGAUUUAACCAUGCCUCCUAAUCCUUUCGCUUCCUCCAAUGGUCCAGAAAGAAUUCAUCCGAGUGCUUUAGGAAGGCGCCGGUUCCCCGAGCUAGAAGCCAUCUCAGAAUCCAACCAAGAAACAGAGGGAGACCAUGUAUGAGCAUCUAAGAUAGAUAAUGAGAGAAUUUAGUGAAUAGUGAUUUGUAAAAUGGAAUAUAUCAAGUUAUGCACUUGUUCUUGAUACUUGUAAAAUCUCAAGAUGUAUACCCACUAAAUAAGUCGAAACCUAUAUG